AUGGCUGUUUCAGAAGCAGUUAAGACAAUGAAGGCCGAAAUUAAAGCAAACGGUCCAAUUACGGGUAUAAUGGAUGUUUAUGAUGAUUUCUAUCAUUAUGGUGAAGGAGUUUAUAAGAGAACAACAAACAAAAAUCCACAAGGACAUGCAAUUCGUUUAAUUGGUUGGGGAACUCAAACAUGUUCAGGAAAAGUCCAACCAUUUUGGCUUGCUAUUAAUUCAUGGGGAAAAGACUGGGGAAUGAAAGGAGUAUUUAUGAUUGCUCAAGGAAGUAAUGAAUGCAAGAUUGAAACUUGGGGAGCUUAUUUUGGGAAACCUAAAGUUUAA